AUGGAAGCGUCGAUUCCGAGUCCGUUUAUAAAUAGGCAAAUGCCCGUGCAAGUCGACCUCGGGACGGGCGUGGCACACUCGAAGCGCGGCGGACUCGGCGGCUGGUCGGUAGCGGAUCCCGGCAGCGGCGAGGCUGGACGGGUGGUUGCACGUGCGACGGGUGGGGGGGCGAGAGUCGGGUCGUGGUCGUCGAGGGGGGAGGUUUCGCAGUCAGACACGUUAGUGGGCGAGCGGGAGAGAAGAAAAGGGAGAGAAGACGGUGAGGGGAUUCAGGCUGCGAGACGAAGGAGACGGAUGGUGUUGGCUGGAGCGAGCGCGGAGCCUAAAAAGGAUCGCCUCCGACAAAGGCGGCAGUGGACGGCAGGCACCGUACAGCGAGUUGGUCAGCGCCUGGCGAGUGACGGCAUCAGGUGCCCCGCCACCGUAAUAAGAGUCGCGCGGACUGACCGGGGCGGGCGUCCGGGCGGUGUUGAAUGA